AGCAAAGUGGGCAGAGCCGAUGAAGGAUAUGAGCUCAGGCAGAGGCAGAGAGAAGGACACAACCAGCAGAGGAGCCAGGCGUCCACAGCGAAGAGGAGGAUGGUGCUGCCGAAAGAGCCACCAAAACGACGAAAAUCACCCCAAAAUGCGACAGACACCGGGGCAGACGACGGGGGAUAG